AUGGGCGCGUCCUACUCGACCGAGGGCCACCCCUCUGCCCAGCCUCACCCGGCCUUUGCCUCGCUCGCACACGCCAGCGGCAGCGCAAACAACCAGCACGCCGUUGCCGCCCUCUUGGCCUACAAGCUCGCACAGGCACAGGCACAGGCACAGGCGCAGGCGCACGCGGGAGUCCACCCGAACAGCGCAUCCAAGGUCCCAGCAGCAUCGCCGCCGCCUCCCAAGCCCAAGUCCAAGCCGGUCCUGCCACCUUCGAGCGCGGGUCAAUGUCCCAUCCCGCAUGACCAGCGCGACGCCUACCUUGCAGGGCGCUCCGCCGCAUCCUCGUCCUCGUCCUCGUCGUCGUCCUCGUCGCCUUUGGGAUACGCGGGCAGGACAGGCGGAGGAGGGGGAUCCAUGGCGCCCGCCCCCGCCGAAAAGGCGUCGUGGUCCUCGAAGCUCAACCCGCUCAACAUGAUGCCCGAGUUCAACCAGGGCACCGCGCCAGACCAGCAGUCGAUCCUCUCGACCGAACGCACCAUGUCGUCCAUCCCGCGCUCCCGCUCCUCGCCCGCCCCCGGCGCCUCACCCUACGACGCACCCUCGGCCUGCCCCGUCCCGCACGAGGACCGCAAGGCGGCCGCUGGUGGCGUCGGCGGCGCUGCUGCACCAGCCUCUCAGGACGAGUCGGGAUCCAAGUGGGAGUACCCGUCGCCGCAGCAGUUCUACAACGCGCUGGUGCGCAAGGGGUGGGAGACGCCCGAGGAGCACGUCGAGACCAUGGUGCUCAUCCACAACUUCCUCAACGAGCAGGCGUGGCUCGAGGUGCUCGAGUGGGAAAAGCUGGCGGGCGCAGACGCAUCGCGCGCCGAGCUGGCGCGCUUCCAGGGCAAGCCGGGCACACUCUCGCCCAAGGCGCGCGUCUUCGGCCUGCUCGCCACGCUCAUGCCUAGCCGGUUCAGCGAGGAGCCCCCCUUUGACCGGCACGACUGGGUCGUCCGACGGCCGGACCAGGACGGGCGCGAGGUGCGCUACGUCAUCGACUACUACUCGGUCCCCGACGACCCGGAGCGCGAGGAACCCGAGUUCGUCCUCGACGUGCGUCCCGCCCUCGACAGCUUCGAGAGCCUGCGCGUGCGCGCCAAAAAGACGUUUCAGGAGUGGAGCGAGGCGAGCAGCAGCCAGCAGCAGCAGACCAAGACGGCGGGCAACUCGACCGAAGAGGCCCUCGAGAGGGGCAAGGAUGUCGUGCGCAAGGGAGAAGAGGGACUGGUGCGCGGCGUCGAAAAGGUCAAGGACAAGGUGGCUUCGGCUGCGGCGCAGUAG